UACCUUUCUUCCCUCAUCUCUCUCCAACUUCCUUUCAUUCACCUAUAACUUCAUCAUCAUCUUCCUUCAAAUCUUCAAAAUCACUCUUCAUCUCUCUCUCUCUCAAAACCUCUUGAAGCAUUUACAUACUUUAAUUUUUUUUCUCUCUUUCUUGAUAUCAUUUUUCUUGUUUCUCUUCUCAUAAUUCAACUACUAUAACCUACCUUUUCAAAAAUAAUCAAACCCUACUAUUUACUUUCAAAAACCUCCUCACUAAAGAUCCAAUCUAGCUGGAUCAGAAGAAGAAAAAAAACAGUAAAUUAAUGAUGAAUUCUCUUCAAGAAUUUGAAUCUUCAUCAAACAAUAAAGACAUGAUCAACACCAACCCUAUGAGCAUAAUAGUAUCCUCAUCCUCAUCAUCAUCAUCCAUGAUGACAAUAUCAUCAACUACAUCAGCAUCAUCAUCAACCGCAACAACAACAUCACCAUCUUCACCAUCAACAACAACACCGAGUAGAUAUGAGAAUCAAAAGAGAAGAGAUUGGAACACUUUUGGACAAUACCUAAGAAACCAUAGACCACCACUCUCACUCUCACGUUGCAGUGGUGCUCAUGUCCUUGAAUUCUUGCGCUAUCUUGACCAGUUUGGAAAAACAAAAGUUCACACACAGAUUUGUCCAUUUUUUGGUCAUCCAAAUCCACCUGCACCUUGUCCUUGUCCUCUACGCCAAGCGUGGGGGAGUCUUGAUGCACUCAUAGGAAGACUUAGAGCUGCUUUUGAAGAGAAUGGUGGCAAACCAGAAGCUAAUCCUUUUGGUGCUCGUGCUGUUAGACUUUACCUUCGUGAAGUUAGGGAUUCACAGGCUAAAGCUAGAGGUAUCAGUUAUGAGAAAAAGAAGAGAAAACGUCCGCCUCAGCCGCCGCCGCCGCCACCACCUUCAAAUGCAACUGGAACUGAUCAAUCUUGAUCACUAGUGUAAGUUGUGAUUACUGCAGUGUGAGAUAUGCAAUGGAAUUGGAGAAACUGCAGUUGAAGGUGUGAAGUAGCAGGAGCAGUGUGAUAGAGAGCAAUUAAUUUGAAGUAGCUGUUAGUAGUAGCAGCAGUAACUAAAGUCUAAAGGCUUAUGUUGUGUUUGUGUGACCAAUUAUUCACGGUCCAAUUUGUAAUAAAUAUGUGUGUGUACUUGAAGGUGACUCAUUUAUGACUUAGUAAUGGAUUUGCAGAUCAUGUUCCAUGUCUUCUUUUGUUGCGGUAAAUUCAAAUUACUUAUCUUCUUUUUUCACUUUUUUCCAACUAGGCAUACAAUCUCGGUUCAAUUGUCUGCCUUCACCAUAAACCCGUAACUGCAUGCAAUCAACGAAUGCGCGUUGUCACGCGUUUAUGGUGAUGACAAACAAUUAAGAAAGAAAGAAAAAUAUGAAAUUAGAGAGAAGAUUGAAAA